AAGUCGGUUGACCACGUGACCUCGCUAGCGCCUCCUAGUGACAUUGUAGGCGAAACCGUAUGUUGGUCGUUACCAUGGUUACGGAUUAUUAUGGAUGACACAAAUAAAGUCUCAAUAUUGUUCGUUGUGACGUGUCGAAAUUUGAUCAAAGUUUAUUUCGAGUGUCUUCCUUAUAAAACUAUUAAACUACCUUUUAAAGUAGUUAUAAUGGUCCAUUUUGUGUUGUUAGAAAUUACUAUAAACUAAAUUUUAAUAGAGGGAAAACCUAAAAUCGAAGUCGUCAGCUAUAUUUCUGUGAAGUUUAAGUUUUUUCGAUCAGUUUGUCUUAUUUAUUAUAGUUUUUACCUACAAUUAAUUGUGUGAAAUAGAAUACUAUGUCAAAAAGAUAAUAGGAAGAAUUUCAGAAGGCAGGAAUGCACGGUGGAUGAGGUUUGUGAAAAAUGAACCGGUACGUGGUGCUACAACAGCUGGGGGACGGCACGUACGGGAACGUCGCGCUCGCUCGGCGCCGGGACUCGGGCGAAUAUGUCGCUAUCAAGCGCAUGAAACGCAAGUACUACUCGUGGGAGGAGGCCAUGUCAUUGCGUGAGGUCAAGGUAUUGUGUUCUAUUUUAUUUGUAGGUUGGUAAAAAAUGAACCGGUACGUGGUGCUACAACAGCUGGGGGACGGCACGUACGGGAACGUCGCGCUCGCUCGGCGCCGGGACUCGGGGGAAUAUGUCGCUAUCAAGCGCAUGAAACGCAAGUACUACUCGUGGGAGGAGGCCAUGUCGUUGCGAGAGGUCAAGGCGCUCAAGAAGCUGUCACACGCCAACAUAGUGAAGCUUCGUGAAGUGAUUCGCGAAGACGACACGCUAUACUUCGUGUUCGAGCAUCUACGAGGCAACUUGUAUCAAUUGCUUCGCGAGCAGCCGCCCCGUGAGCCUGCGCUGCGAAAUGUCCUUCUACAGGUACUCCGUGGUCUAGCCCACAUGCACCGCCACGGCUUCUUCCAUCGCGACCUGAAGCCGGAGAACUUGCUCUGCAGCGGUCCGGAGCUGGUCAAGAUCGCAGACCUAGGGCUCGCGCGGGAGGUGCGCUCCCGUCCGCCGUAUACUCAGUACGUUUCUACGCGUUGGUACCGCGCGCCUGAGGUGCUGCUGCGAGACCCGGCGUACGGCGCCCCCGUGGAUCUGUGGGCCGUGGGUUGUAUAGCAGCAGAGCUGCAUACGGCACGCCCACUGUUCCCUGGAGCCUCUGAGAUCGACCAGUUGUAUAAAAUCGCGGGCGUCCUGGGCGCGCCGACGCGCGCGUCGUGGCCGGAGGGGCUGGCGCUGGCCGAGGCGCUCCGCUUCCGCUUCCCGGCCGCCGCGCCCGUGCCGCUGGCGCGCGCCGUGCCCGGCGCCGCGCCGCCCGCGCUCGCGCUGCUGGCCGCGCUGCUGCGCUACCCGCCCCGGGAGCGCCCCACGGCGCAGCAGGCGUUGCGGUUUCCAUAUUUCGCGGUAGGAACUGAACUCGGCGUGCCGCCGCCACUGUCUCGCGCAAGAAGGAGUAGCGUGCGCGUGGAGCUGGAGCCAUCGCCCGCCGCCGCCGCGCCCGCGCUGCCCGCGCUGGCGCCGCCAAGGGACCAUUUUGCCGACAUUUUGGGCAAUGAUGACUUUUCCUUUUUGGCUGCUCAUGACCUUCUGGACGUAAUCUUCUCCCUUGACGAGCUGAACGUACGCGCACCGGUCGAACCAACGCGCGUGCUGCUCCCAUGGGACGUCGUCCUCCUCCCAAUCCUUGAGUCCUCCGUCGCAGUAGAAGCACUUGGUCUUGUCGCUCUGGCCGGUGUAGUAGAAGCCGGCCUCGGCGAGCUCCUCGGGUUUCUGCUUCAUGCUCUUGGGCCAGUCUUUGAAGGUGCGGAGCCGGGCGGCCUUGUUGUUGUAGCGCGGGUGCGGUUGGGGUUUGGGGAGCACACUGGCGCCGGUGGCGGGCGGCGCGCACAUGCCGCACUCGUCCUGGCCUGUAGUCAUCUGGUGUUUGCUGUUGGGCACAGGCGCGGUGAGGUGGUGCACGAGUCGCGCCCCUCAGAGUCUCUCCGGCGCGCGGACACGGCGGCGGCGCGCGGGCGCAGCGUGCUGGCGCCGCUCCCCGCCGCCGCGCCGGCGCCCGGCGCGCGCGGCGCCGCCGCCGCCUACCUCGGCGCGGCGCGGUACGUCGCCGGCGCCAGGAUCGACACGUCGCUGUUCCAUCCGCUCGCUAUGCGCUCACACCACGAGACAGCGACGGUGGGCAGCGGCGCGCCGCGCGUGGACUGGGCCGCCAAGUACCUUCGCUGACCCCCGCCUCAACCCCCAACGGUCCCAACACCAACAUAUACUAUUUAACCUUAUGACCGCUAAAGACGUCAUCUUACGCGCGCAGUUACAGCCCAAUAUAAACCUUCGUGCCUUCCCAUAAGGAUCACGAUGGCACACGAUAGGCGGCAGUUUGCCCGCCAAAGACGUCUUAUCUUAUAGGUUUACAAUGGCGCGUUGUAAGUAUGUAUAUACCUAAUUGGCUCGGCGUUCUAUGGGUUAAAAACAUGUGCACACCGGCUGAGCGUACUUGGACGUGUACCUUGUAAUAUACGGAUCCUUAUAAGGGCUCCUCUACACGAUGGGCCAACGCCGGCCACUCCAAGGGUCGCAUUUAUGCGUUAGAGGGAGCAAGUGAUAUUGCUAUCUCAUUUCACCGCAUGGCUGCGUCCCUAAGAGAUGUCAUUCCGCUUGCGUGACGUGUGCGUGCAAGGCACCAAAAUUAGAAAUGGGACAUGGCCGGAAGAAGGAGAGAAGGAAAUAUUCGCUGCAGACGGAGAAGUCUCGGUAGCUCAGUUGGAGUGGGCGAACUUUGCUGGAGAGAGAAUACUCGGGGAUAUACUUUACCUUAGAAAGAUUGUGUAGACAAAAUUGAGUGAGUAGGUAGUGAUGUGAUGUAACGGUAUUAUAGCCACUUCAAUUUUUACCCUUAAAUACAUGGAGUAUUUCACUGAUACUAGUUCGUUUUUGUAGCAUCAUUACAAAGAAGGUAAGCGAUCUUGAAAUGUCUAUUAAUUGAAAAACGCUUAUUAAAAAUCAGUAGUAAUGCUUAUGAAAGCAGAAUAUAAAUGAUCGUAUUAUAUUCACAAAUUUCAUAAUUGUUACAUAUUUGCUGCGACUUAUGUAUACAUAAUUUGUAAGUAAUGUUUUUAUGUAUAAAAUAAUAAUGUGCAUUGUAAUAGAAAUAAUGUUCUAUUUUAUCAAUAAAAGUUUGAUUGAUUUAUUGAAAAUGUGUUUUUCAAUUGAAAGACACAGAUUGUUUACCUUUUUCCUACCGCUAAAAAAACCAACAUUUUGGAUGGAAAAGGAAACCAUGUAUUUUUUUAGUAACAUGUCUGUAGUGCACUAUUUUUUGUUUAAUGCAUUUUUUUUAACUGAAAGAAAUGAAUGCAUUUUAAGGGUUGAAAAAUAAUCACAUAUUUGGUGUGUAGUUCUAUAGGACUGAGACAUCAUCAAAUUAAGUAAAAUAAUUUAAUAAAAUAUUUGUUGAAAA